AUGAUUUAUCACCUAGUCCCUUGGGUGUUGGCUGCGGUGGCCGUGGCUGUGACUAUCGUCGAUGCUGAGCAAAUACGCAAGCCCGCUUCGGGCAUGAAGACGCUUAGGCGCAAGGAUGGCUUGCCGAGAUGGGACUGGACGUCGUCCGACAAGAAGGCUUACGGUACCAACUUGGGUGGACUGUUCCUUCUUGAGCGCUGGAUGUACGAGGACUGGAUGGUGCAACAGGGUGGUGAUGAUGCCUGGGACGAAUACACCAUGUCCAAGAACCUCGGUGGUAAGAUGAAGCCGAUUUUGAACGACCACUUUGAAAGCUGGUUCACGGAGGACCACAUGAACCAGCUUCAAGGUGCCGGUAUCAACAUGCUCCGUAUCCCUAUCGGCUACUGGCCAUUCCUCUCGACCGAGGAGACUGGUGAGCCAUACCAGAACGCAUCGCACCUCGAGAAGUUGUCGCAGAUCAUGAACUGGUCGCAGGACCGUGGCAUGUAUGUGUUGUUGGACAUUCAUGGUCUCCCAGGAAGCCAGAACAACGACCAAUCGAGUGGACGCAACUAUACGUCUAACAAUGACCAACAGAUCGUCGACUGGUACUCGGAUGAAAACCAGAAGCACUCUAGGAAGAUGGUUCACAAUAUACUCAACUGGCUCGACGCCCAGCCGUCCAAGUCGGUCGUUGCUGGUAUUACCACUGUGAACGAGCCGAAGGUGUUCGACAAUGGUGACUAUCACAACAAGUUGCGCGAAUUUUACGACUUUAGUUUGAAGGCUCUCAAGCCACAUGGCAUUGCACUUGUGGCCCACCAUGCCUUUGUGGCAGACCCUUACGACUACUGGCACGACUACGCCGACCGUCAGGAGCGUGGCACGUUCGUCUUCGAUGACCAUCCAUACCCUGCGUGGUUCCAAAACCCUGAGCCAACGAACCGCAAGGACCUUAUCCAGAACAUUUGCAACUUCCGCGACCAGAUGAGUGGAUUCCCUGCACCUGUGUUGUACGGUGAAUUCUCUGGUAUCACCGCCGUUGAUGACAAUGAUUGGGUCGGCCAUUAUGUCAAGACACAGCUUAAGGUGUACGGUUGGUCCGCGGGUUCUACCUUCCUCAACUUCCGCAUGAACUUUGCUUCCAAUCCUGUGCUUUCUCUGCCUGACCACCUGCAGUGGAAGUACUCGAUGUUGAAUCUUUUGGACGGUUUGAUUCCUUCGCGUGACCAGUCGAAGUCUGUGGUUGACUGGACUGACAGUUUGUCCUCGAGGUGUGGCGGCAACCCUCAUUUGAGCUGGUAA